AUGCGGGCCCCUCUCGCUCCGAUUGGCCGCCGGGGCCCGGCCCCCCGGCCACGUGAUGCGGUCGCUUUGCGCAAGGCUCUGAAAAGAGCAGGCGCGCUCGCGGGAGCGCUGGCUCAGCUGCGUGGCAUCCUGGAGGAGGAGCUGGAAGGGAUCCGUGGGGCUGGUACCUGGAAGAGCGAGCGGGUCAUCUCGUCGCGUCAGGGGCCGCGCAUCCACGUGGACGGCGUCUCCGGAGGAAUCCUUAACUUUUGUGCCAACAAUUACCUGGGCCUGAGCAGCCACCCUGAGGUGAUCCAGGCAGGUCUGCAGGCCCUGGAGGAGUUUGGAGCCAGCCUUAGCUCUGUCCACUUCAUCUGUAGGACCCAGAGCAUCCACAAGGAUCUAGAAGAAAAGAUAGCCCAUUUCCACCAGCAGGAGGAUGCCAUCCUCUAUCCCAGCUGUUUUGAUGCCAAUACUGGCCUCUUUGAGUUGUGUGGAGGCUGCGGGUGGGAGUUGGCCCUGCUGACCCCAGAGGAUGCAGUCCUUUCGGAUGAGCUGAACCAUGCUUCCAUCAUCGACGGCAUCCGUCUGUGCAAGGCCCACAAGUACCGCUUCCUCCACCUGGACAUGGCUGACCUAGAGACCAGGCUGCAGGAGGCCCAGAAACAUCGACUAUGCCUGGUGGCCACUGAUGCGGCCUUUUCCAUGGACGGCGACAUUGCACCCCUGCAAGAGAUCUGCUGCCUCACCUCUCAAUAUGGUGCCCUGGUCUUUGUGGAUGAAUGCCACACCACUGGCUUCCUGGGGACCACCGGACCAGGCGCGGAUGAGCUGCUGGGCGUGAUGGACCAGGUCACCAUCAGCUCCACACUGGGGAAAGGACACCAGCGUGCCCGGCCCUACCUCUUCUCCAACAGCCUGCCACCUGCCGUCGUUGGCUGUGCCUCCAAGGCCCUGGACCUACUCAUGGAGAGCAAUGCCAUUGUCCAGUCUAUGGCAGCCGAGACCCAGCCGUUCCACAGUAAGAUGGAGGCUCCUGGCUUCACCAUCUCAGGAGCAAAUCACCCCAUCUGCCCUGUGAUGCUGGGUGAUGCCAGGCUGGCCUCUUGUAUGGCAGAUGACAUGCUAAAGAGAGGCAUCUUCGUCAUUGGGUUCAGCUAUCCAGUGGUUCCCAAGGGCAAGGCCAGGAUCCGAGUACAGCUCUCAGCAGUGCAUAGUGAGGAGGACAUCGACUGCUGUGUGGAGGCCUUCGUGGAGGUGGGGUGGCUGCAUGGGGCACUGCCAUGA